UUUUCAUUUCCCACAAACUCUUCUCCUCUCUCUCUCUCUCUCAACUUUUUCUUUCUUCUGUUCAUCUUCACAUUUCCCAUCAACUUUUUCUCAUAUCCAUCCAUCCAUCCAUCUCACACAAAACACCAUUAAUUUCAUCUACACUUUAUUCUUACCAGAACCCUUUCUACUGCUUUACUUAAAACCAUGGCUACUAUUUUAGUUAUUGCAGUUCUCAUGUUAUUCAUGACUGGUCACUCAGAUGGAGCGAGUUGGUGUGCUUGCAGAACUGAUGUGAGUGAAUCAGCUUUACAAAAGGCAUUAGAUUAUGCUUGUGGAAAUGGGGCAGACUGUAAACCUAUACUCCAGAAUGGUGCUUGUUUUCAACCUAAUACUGUCAGGGCUCAUUGUUCUUAUGCUGUUAAUAGCUAUUAUCAAAACAAAGGUCAAGCUCAAGGAAGUUGCAUCUUUAGUAAUUCUUCCACCGUUGUUCAGAAUGACCCAAGCACUGGUGGUACAUGUACCUACCCUUCAUCUGCUAGCUUUGGAGGAAAUGGUGGCACCACACCAGGUGUAAUGUCACCACCUGGUUUUCCAAACAGUCCACCAACAGGAGGAUUACUCAGUCCUCCAGGGUUUAACAGUCCUCCAUUCAGUCCGGGUCCAGCUGGGUUUGAUCCUAAUGGUGUUGCCAAAACUGAAAUGGUUUCUGUGUUCCUAACUCUAGGGUUUUCAGCUCUCUUGUCACUUCUUAUGAUUGUUUGAAAGAAAGAAAAAAAGUGGAGACAAAUGUAAGUGGUGGGUGGUAAUGGCGUAGGAAUGGAGAGGUAGGGAUUUCAGGGGUUUGUAAUGUAAUGUAUGGCUGAGAUGAGUUUAGCAUUCAAGUCAGAACAAGUAGGUCUGAAUUUUGAUAAUUUGGGUUGUGUAAAAGUGAUUCAGCAUCAUCUAUUGGACUGACAUUUCCCAAAACCUUUGUCUGCCUCUCUAUGUUCUUUUCUCUCUUUUGCUUCUCUAUUUCUCUUCUUUGUAUGUAGUUUUAUCAUCCAUUCUUAUUUACCGGGAAUAUUUUGGGUGCA